UUUCGCACCCCUCCUCCCAACUCCUAUUUCUCUCUGCCUCUUCAAUUCAUAAUAGUUUAACCCUCGUUCAUACGAUGAACUGAUUGUUUUUCCCUUUCGGGUAAAUACUAAAUGAUCAAUGGAAGCCGACAGGGAAGCGUCGUUGAACGAAAACAGCAAGAAGGCAUUGUUAGCUAGAAGUGCAUCACAUGCACAAGAUGAAUUGAAGAGUUUCAGGACAUGGCUGAAAUGGAUGUGCGUGGAUCAAUCUGAUUGGUGGACUGCGUUUCUUUCGUGGUCUGUUUUUGUGGUAUUGGCUGUCGUCGUCCCUUGUCUCUCCCAUUUCUUUCUGGCUUGUAGUGAUUGUGAUAGCAGACACAGCAGGCCUUAUGAUACCAUUGUGCAGCUUUCUCUUAGCACCUUGGCGGCCCUAUCUUUCAUUUGCCUUUCCCAGUUUGUGAGGAAAUAUGGGCUCCGGAGAUUCUUGUUCUUCGAUAGGCUUUGUGAUGACAGCGAGACCGUCAGAAAAGGAUACACCGUUCAGCUCAAUAGAUCCCUGAAGAUCGUAUUCAUCUUUGUGAUACCUUGUUUCACAGUGGAGUGCGCUUACAAGAUUUGGUGGUAUAGCUCGGGUGGCACCCGAAUUCCCUUCUUGGGCAACAUAAUAGUGAGUGACACUGUUGCAUGUAUUUUAGAGCUUUGCUCAUGGCUCUACAGGACUGUGGUCUUCUUCCUGGUGUGCAUUCUCUUUCGCCUCAUCUGUUAUCUUCAGAUCCUCCGAUUACAAGACUUUGCACAAGUCUUCCAGGUAGAGUCUGACGUCGAAUCAGUGUUGAGGGAACACCUCAGGAUCAGAAGGCAUUUAAGAAUUAUAAGCCACAGAUACCGCUCAUUCAUUUUAUGGGCAUUGAUCAUCAUAACAGUUAGCCAGUUUGCAUCCCUACUCAUGACUACGCGCUCAACUGCUGAUCUUAGUAUAUACAAAACCGGUGAACUUGCUCUAUGCUCCGUCAGCCUUCUUGCAGGGCUGAUGAUCCUGUUAAGAAGUGCAACCAGAAUUACACACAAAGCACAAGCCGUUACGUGUCUUGCGGCCAAAUGGCAUGUCUGUGCAACAAUAGAUUCGUUCGAUACAACUGAAGCUGAGACGCCUAUUUCCAGGGUGCCUGUCAACCACGUUUUUCCGGUGAGUUCUGAUGGAUCAGACGCUGAUGAUGAUGUUGGCGAUGAAGAGGAUGAUAUAGACCACACCAAGCUCGUUCCAUCAUACAACUACAACACAAUUUCAUUCCAAAAGAGACAAGCCUUAGUGACAUACUUUGAAAACAAUAGAGCGGGAGUGACAAUCUAUGGGUUCAUGCUGGACAGGACCUCGCUUCACACGAUAUUUGGCAUAGAGUUGUCCCUUGUGCUUUGGUUGCUUGGAAAGACCAUCGGUAUUUCAUAGAAAAGAAACAAGAGGGUUGCGAAAUUUUGUGUGGGAUUAGCAUUUAGACCAUGUUGGGCAAUUGACCCCUGAGAAGAGAUUUGAGGCGGUUUGCUUUGUCGCCGCCCAUUACCAUCCAUGAACGAUCAGCGACGAGUGACGGCGACGGAGGAAGGUCUGUCUAGCUCUGGCUGGCGACAUCUAUUCAACAUUUUUUUUGUCAAAAUAUCCGUCGUGCGUUCUUCUUCAUCUUCUUCUUUUGUGUUUUUUU